AUGAAGGCUAUUGGCAAUGUCGUGGUGUCCGGUACUGGAAGGUCAGUCUGCUUAGGAAAGUCUAUAUUUCCUGAUUCUAUAUCCCCUGAAAGCGCGUUUUUUUAUUUAUAUAUAUUGCUAUUAAACAUGUCUACUGUCAAUAUUAUAUUAACAAAUGAAAACAUUUAUAUUCUUGCAACAAUUUCAGAAGCAUUGGAGUGCUCAUCUAUUCCCAGAGUAAUGACACUUAGACUCAACAGUACUAUUAGAGUUAGAACAUCUGAGUGGAAAGAAUGCUUUGUAGAACUCGAUCAUACUGAUCAUACUCCUGGUGAUAUCCGUGAGGAUAUUCAUACUCUUCCUCUUGUCAGAAAGUAUCUGUAUGAACUGUUUCAGCAAUUAGAGCAAUCAUCUAAAUCUGCCAGCCAGAUACAUAUUGAUAUGUUGAGAGCUAUUGAUAAAUAUGAAAGAAGUUCUGAUUAUAAACAAGAGAUUGUAUCAUUUUGA